AUGGCCGAGCCCGCCCCAUCCCGCGCCGUGUCGCGUCCCGUCAGCGAGGCGCUCCUUAACGAGAAGUGGGACCGCUGUCUCUCCAACCUCAUCAUCAAGUCCACCCUCGGCCUCGGCUUCGGCGUCGUCUUCUCGGUCCUGCUGUUCAAGAGGAGGGCGUGGCCCGCGCUCGUCGGUGUUGGGUUCGGCGCCGGGCGGGCGUACGAGGAGUGCAACUACAGCCUGAAGCAGGCGGCGCGGGAUAUCAAGAAGCAGGCGUGA